UGGGGUCAAAACCUCUCUUCCUCCGACUUCACGUCGGGACUCUCCCCCUUCCCAUCACACAGCCCACCCGUCGCCUCCGGAGCUGACCCCGUCGACCCAGACUCGGUAUACAACCUUCAUCCAAUAACCUACCCUGCCUAUACAGCCGCAAUCGACGAAUUCGUCUCGGUCGUCCUCCCCCCUCGGCUUCAGCUGGAGUAUCAGACAGAGAAGGAGAUGGACGGGAUGGUGGGAUCGGUACAUGGAUGGGAUGCAGUGGACGAGCGGCGGGUUGUUUGGCAGACGGAUAAAGAUGAGGAGAGGGUGGAUGGGACGGAUGUGCGGAGCUGGAGGGAGGGAUCGGCGUUGAGUGAGGGGUGGGAGUGGAAGUUGAUGCUAGAUGAUACCGCGACCACUUGGAUAAAGCAACACCUAGCCGGGACCCGACUAGAGAAGUUAUGGGCCAACCUGCCGAGCGGUAUACUCAACGCCGAUCUCAUCCGCUAUCUCCUCCUCGCCCUCCGCGGCGGGAUCUACUCGGAUACCGACACCCUCCUCCUCAAGCCGCCUUCUCGCUGGGGCGCAGGCGCCGACCUCUGGCGAGGCGGGAAAGGGUGGAUGAGCGAGGCGGAUAUAGCACGCAUGGAGCUGCUCAGCGGUGCAAGUGAGGAAGAGCGGGACCGAGAGAUGGAUCGCCUGUUGGGCAGAGCGAGGGUUGUCGUUGGUAUUGAGGCGGACGUCGGGGAGCGGGAAGAUUGGGCAGAGUGGUGGCCUAGGCCGUUGCAGAUCGUCCAGUGGACAAUGGCGAUGGCGCCAUAUCACCCUAUUGCACUAUCGGCCGUCCUCCGCGUCCUGCAUAAUACCGCCACCGCCGUCACCUUUGCUCAGGAUCACUACUCAAACUACACCUCCCUCCGCACUCAGCUGUCCUCUCUUCCCGUCUAUCCCCCGUCCGACCUUCGGACAGAGCUCGAAGCCCAACUUGCCCACUUUGGGAAAAUCAACGUCCUCACCGAGCCCCGCAAUGGCGGUCCACUAGGCGUCAUCAACUGGACAGGCCCCUCGGUCUUUACGGAUGCUGUCCUGAGCUAUCUGCUCGCGCGGUAUGGGAUAACAUGGCGGGAUCUGAGGGGGUUGCAGCGGCCAUUGAGAGUGGGGGAUGUGCUGGUCUUGCCAGUGACGGGUUUCAGUCCGGGCGUGGGCAAUUUUGGAGCGGGAGAUAUAUGGAGUGCGGAGGCAAUGGUUGAGCAUCACUUUAGGGGAUCCUGGAAG